GUACAUAGCCAGCCUCCUUACGCAACCAUGAUCAAGAUGUAGAUAUCUUAAACUGAUACUGUACUAUAAUAUACAAGCUAUACAAUACCACCUUCCAAUCUUGCAGACAUUUUAACUAAACGCAAGGAGGACGUUUCAAGAAUCCAUUAAUUCAAUAUGAUCUCAAUAUAAUCUACUGGGUUGACGUUUUGUUCAUAGUCUACAUUAAUUAGUAAAGUUCAUCGCAUCGCUUAGUUGAUGGACAGCUUUCUUUACACGAUGAGCUCCACCUCACCUUUUCAUCUGUCGGUGAAAGAUGCUUUCAGAUCACCAGUAUGAAGAACAUUACUGUUAUAAACAUGAUUGGAUCUCGAAAUGAUGUGCUCAGACUGAUAAUUCGGCCCGAAAUAAGUAAUUUGUGGUUUGCAUGUACACCCGAAAGAUCAACUCUAUUAACUCAUGCUCAAAUCACACACUCUUUCCCUAUAGUUCUUGUUCCUCAGUCAUGGAGGUGAAUGAAACAGCAACAAUCUUGUCCUCUGCACUUCUGGCGGUGGACUAUGUGGACUCGGUUCUGCCAGAGAACCCUCUGCAGCUGCCACUAGAGCAGGCAUGGAACCAUAUACUGCAGAGCUACACCAAGUUCCAGAUUGCUACCUGGGGUUCGCUGAUUGUGCAUGAGUUCAUCUAUUUCUUUUUCUGCCUGCCUGGCUUCAUCUUCCAGUUCCUCCCCUUCCUGCAGAAGUACAAGAUUCAGCAGGAUAAACCUGAGACAUGGGAGAAACAGUGGAAGUGUUUCAAGAUGCUGCUCUUCAAUCACUUCUGCAUCCAGCUGCCUCUGAUCUGUGGAACUUACUACUUCACUGAGUUCUUCAACAUCCCUUAUGACUGGGACUCAAUGCCCCGAUGGCCGCUCCUGCUAGCCCAGUGUUUUGGCUGUGCUGUGAUUGAAGACACCUGGCAUUACUUCCUCCACCGAGCUUUGCAUCAUCGUAGUAUCUACAAAUUCAUCCAUAAAGUCCACCAUGAGUUCACUUCUCCUUUCGGGAUGCAGGCUGAAUAUGCCCACCCUCUGGAGACUCUGAUUCUGGGCUCUGGAUUCUUCAUUGGCAUUAUGGUGUUCUGCAACCAUGUGGUGCUGCUCUGGGCCUGGGUCACCUUCAGACUGCUGGAGACCAUUGAUGUACACAGUGGUUAUGACAUUCCUCUGAACCCUCUGCACCUGAUCCCCUUCUACGCUGGGGCUCGUUUCCAUGACUUCCACCACAUGAACUUCGUUGGGAACUAUGGGUCCACCUUCACCUGGUGGGACAAGCUCUUCAACACAGAUGCCCAGUUCCACAAACAUCAGCAGAAACAGAAACAGCAGUGAGGGUGUUUGAGUGGAAGUGAGUGGAAAGAUGGCGAGACUUGUGAGUGAAUGAAUGAGUGAGUGAGUGAGUGAGUGAGUGAAUGAGGGAAAAUACAACGGGACAAGUGUAUGUGAGUAAAUGGAAGAGUAUGACGAUACGAGCAGAGAAGGUUCACAAAUGCAAGUUUGUAUUAUUGUGAGGCUUAACUGAUUCCUGGAUUUGUGUGAUCCUAACACCACCUAACACUAUGUCAUUAACCCACUGAGGCAUGCUAACAGCUGAGAAGCAUGGGCACAGAAGCUUGCAGUGGUGUGAUUUCUGAGCACUUUACAUUCCAUCUAUUAUUUCUUUUACCUCGCCCCUUGAGAAAAUAAAACAAGAUGGUGAUUUUUAGAUUGAAGUUUUUGCAUUAUAGGACUUUUUGCAUUUUGAGUUUGACUCCACAUAGGCCUUACAAUCUUUCAGAAGGUACGAGAUAUAACCCGUUUGAAACGUGGUUGUAAUCUUCAAAUGUUACUGACUGAGAUAAUGUGGAAGGACUGGCCACAUUUUCAUUUAAAUGUCCAAUUUGUAGUUUUCCUUGCGCUGGAAUGAAAAUAAAGACUUGAUACCAAUUGUA